AUGCAGCGAGUCAUGGAGCGAUGCUUCGGGAUCAGGGACGAUCCUGAACGGCAGUCCAAUUGGUACUACAUCGGUUGCUUCUUUGUGACCAUCGCCUCGGUGCUGGGCACAGGCAUCCUUGGUCUGCCCGUCAAGACUGCCAACUCUGGCUUCUUUCCCUUCCUCGUCAUCUUCCUGAUCGUCCUCAUCUUUGAGGUGGGCGUGAUCAUUUAUUUUGUGGAGCUGCUCCAACAGUCGCGGGCCAUCAUGCGGCUGGGCAUCGGCUCGCUGGACGAGCUCAAGGCCCGGGAGCAGCUCGAGCUCGCCAAGCCUGCCGACGGCUUCUCUGUCCGAGAAGUACUACCCGCCUCCAUUCAACCGUUAUCAUCAUCUUCUUCAUCAUCAUCAUCAUCAUUACCAGACGAUAGCAACACCAUGAUCAACGUCAACACAAAUGAGGAAGAUGAAGAAGACGACGCACAGAGAGAAGAUGGCGAGGCAGCCGAUGAGGCGUCGGGCAAGAGGGGUUCGGCGUCGUACAAGCCGCUGCCGUACGAGAAGGAUCAGCUCUACAGCUCCGAGAAGUCCGUCGUCAACGAAGAGAACAGCGACAACCCGGCUUCGGUGCAGGAGAUUGAUCUCAACCUGCACUCCAUGGGCCGGCUGUUCCUGAACGUGUGGCUGCGAUACAUCUUCGAUCUCUGCGUGUUCCUGCACUUCCUCGCCAUCCUCAUCUCCUACGUGCUCGCCGGCUCCGAAGCCUGGGGUGGCGUGUUUGGCCUCGAGGGUGGCUGCAAGGCGCAUCCCUCCAGCGAGGACGAGCGCAACCUGCGGUUCAUCAUCGUCACCUUCGGUGUCGGCUUCACCGUGUGCGUGGUGUUUGGCCAGCGCCUCUUCACCUCCGUGGUCUCGCUCAUGACCGCCGUCAAGGGCAGCUUGUUGGUGCUGAUGGUCGCCGUCACCGCCUACGUUGGAUUGGACAUCAUGGAGAGCAUCGACUCGGACUGGUCCCACAUCGCCGAAUCGUUCCUCAUGUCGACGGUGGCCCUCGGCGGCGCCAUCAACCUCAUGCCCCUCGUGUUCAACAAGGUGCCGCAACGCACGGGCGAAGUGCGCAAGUUCAGGUGGGCCGUGAGCGUCGGCCUGUGCGUGUGCUCGGUCCUCAUCGUGCUGUGGACCCUCUUCGUCAUGCUCGCCGUUCCCCAGACCGGUCCGGCACCCUCACUGGAGGAGGCCGCCGAUAAGGGCUGCAUCUCCACCAUUCCGUUGACGGAGGUAAUCCGCGAUACCCAGCCCGACCUGGAGUGGAUCGCCAAGAUCGUUGAGGUCUUCAUCGUGGUGUCGAUCUCCAUCUCCUUCAUCACCGUGGGCAGCGGCCUCAAGAACUUCCUCGACGGCUAUGCGUUCACCUUCUCCAGCAAGAUCCAGGCCAGCGCCGAGAACGGCAGCGGGCUGGCCAUGAAGAUCACCGGCUUUUUCGACAACGUGCAGGCGCGCAGCCUCCACCUCUCCUGGUUCAGCGUCGAGACCGGCCUGAAGAUCGUCCUCUACCUCAUCUCCUUCGGCCUCAGCAUUGGCUUCGCCGUCGGCAAGCCCGCCUGCUUCCUCGUCAUGCUCGAGUAUUUCGCGAGCUUCGCGCUCAACUUGGAGGCGGGUUUGUUCAUCGCCUUGAUGGCCGUGGUGUCGUCUCGCUAUGGUCGCAACCUGUCGUCCUACAUCCCGUUGCCUCUCCCGCAGCCCUUUGCCUCGCGAUUCGCCUACGUGCUCGGCUCCUUCUUCCUCGCCGCCGUGGUCUACGACGUCGUCGACGUCAUCAGGAAGUUCGUCGACAAGGGCGGCCUCUGCUGA